ACCCUAGCUCGCGCUCCAGGCCGGGGGAAGCGAAGUGGUGGGGAAAGAAGAAGAGGAUGACGACGACGGAGACGGCGACGGCGACGGCGGCGACGGCGAGGGAGCCGCGCGAGGCGUCCCGGCGGGAGGGCCGCGACUCGCACGGCAGGCGCCCGCACUCCUCGUCCAGGUCGCGCCGGGACGACCCCAGCCCGAGGAGGCGGAGAGACGACAGGAGGCACGAGUCCGACAGGAGCCAGCACAGGCGUCGGCCCGAGGAGGCCGCCGAUGAUGCCGGCAACCGUGAUGAGAGGAGGAACAGGCACUUGCAGGACGCGAAGGGGCGGAGCGACGGUCCUGAUCCGGGGCGCGGGGAGGGGAAGCCGCCGCCGGGCGACGCCAAGGAGGACCCUCCCGCGAGGCACGAGAGGUCUCCCAGGGGAACCAAGCGGUUCUCCGAGACGAGAGAGGCCUGGCGGCCUAGAUCUUCGUUCUUUCAGCAUGAUGAGCGUGAACGUGCUGGGCAAGGUGGUCGACGCUAUGGUCGCCAAGAUUAUGGAAGACAAAGGGAUCAAAAUGAGCAUCUCGAUGAUAGAGAUAGACACAGGUCUGAGGGACAUGGUUUGCAGGAAAAGUUUGGGCAGCCUCAACAACACAGUGAUGUUGAUUCUACAUGGAAGCACGAUGGGUUUUUCAAGUUGCAGGAAGACGCUUCGGUUGCCAAAAGGAGGCCAGGAUUUAAGGAGAUGAGAAUGCCACUGGAGGGGCAAGAAUCAGCUCCUGCUGUUACAGAACCGAAUUCAAGAUCACGUAUACCUGAUCAACCUGGGUGGACCUCUGGGAUGGGAGAAGAAAGGAGAAACUACCAUUCACGGGAAUUCAUAAGGCCUGAUGAUCGAGAUACCAGGAGGGGAUUUUCUGAUUACAGGGGUGCUGGUCAGAGAAAUGGCUAUGAUCCAAGAGGGCGUUUUGCUGGCAGAGGGGGAAGGGGCAGAGACAGGUUUGACUACCAGUAUGGUGGAAGAAGCAACAUGCACGAGGAGGCCGGUGAUCAUCAGACAGAAAAAUGGAAGCAUGACCUUUACGAUGAGACGAACAGUACCCCAGCUCCGAUGACUGAAGAAGAGCAGAUUGCAAAAGUCGAAGCACUGUUGGCGCUGUAGUUACCGUUUUUGUUGUUGCCUGGAGGCGAUGGGUAAAUGAUAGUCAUCUUUCCACAUUGUUGUCUGGACUCUGGAGCUGUUUGGGAUGUCUCGAUGGUCAUGUACUUGGUCUCAUUGUUAUUGGAUCUAACUAUAUGGCACUCUGCUGGAAUUUGGUGUCUUAUCUAUGAAUUUUCAUUUACAUGAUGUUUUCUUCUCCCCUUUGAAGUGAAGCGUCUGUACUAAAUAGUAUCAAUCGGUCCACUUUAUGUAGAACUCAUGGAACUCUUCAUUUGGAUUGAAAAUGUUCUCUUCUUCCCUUUGGUGUGAAAGUGUUUGUAACAAACAUUAUCAGUCCGUGUCGGAUCCACUGAACAAGUAUGCUCCUUAACAUAUUAUACAUUCCUAUUGAAUUUA